CCCAGUAACAGCCUCUGAUGAGCAGGCAAGCUGUCCAUCAUCAUCAGCAGCCAACGGUGUUAACUACAUCGACACUGCUCGCCACAUAUUUGAGGCCAUUACGGCCGCCAGGAAACACAACAUUUCACCAUGGAUCAGGCGCAACAGCCCUCAAAUGCGCUCGUGCGCAAAAGAUCCGCUGAGAUGGCUCUCAUGCCGCCUCCGCCUCAAGUGAAGAAAAUCAAGCGGCCCAAAAAGGUGCUGGACGAGGACUCAUAUACAGAGGCACUGUCUCAUAUCAUUGCCAGAGACUAUUUCCCCGGACUUUUGGAAACCGAGACGAAGCAGGAGUACUUGGACGCCUUGGACUCAAAGGAUCAAGCAUGGAUAUCAAGCGCAGGCAGGAGGCUGGAGCAAGUUUUGACUCCAGGACGCGGCUCAGGCACAUUGCCGACUUUUCCACGACGUGGACUUGACGGGGGCCGCACACCCACAACAUUCGUGGGAGACACGCCAGCUUCCGAGGCCACCGCACCAUCGCUGAGUGCGCGCCCUCGCCUGGACAUGCAGAUGAGCCUAUCCAAAUUCCAGCAAACAUAUACGAGCGAGGACAAUGAGAGCUUCUACAAACUCAUUGACAAACAGAACCAAAAACGAGCAGACAAAUACGCCUGGCUCUGGCGAGGCAAUAAGUUGCCCUCCAAGCAAAUGAUUAAGCAAAAAGAGGUUCAAGAUCGACUGGCUUCAGAAGGGCGCCUACUGGAUGAUGGGUACAUGAAGCGGGAUCGGCUGGCUAUCAAAGACAACGAUGACCGGCCCGCUCGCCCAGACAGCUGGCUCGCGGCGCCACGGAACAACUUUAUGUAUGUACCAGAUGGUGUUGAGACGAGAGCUGGUGCAACUCCAGCAGAGGAAAGUUCUUCAUCUCGUGGGAGGUCGGACGGCACGAUUGUUCGCGAGAACACGCGGAUGCCAGAGCCACAUGUACCCAAGCGACCGCCAUCACCAACCGCCUCAUCAAUCAGAGACGCCGUGGCUGGACGACCGCGGGCCCGGGAUCAGGACUCGAGUGUGGCUGGCGGAGAGACGCCCAGAGUCAAUGGCUAUGCCUUUGUCGACGACGAGGACGAUGGGCCAGAGACUGCAACACCCGCACCUGUGAUCAAUCUUGGCCCGGGAGAUACCAACAAUCCCUUCAAGGUACAAGAAAUUGGAAAGAGAGAGUCCCUUCGAGACCGCAUGGUCGAACGCAUCUCGAAUUCCAAGAAAUCAGCCUCCCACAAUGGCCUGACGGGCCGCGUCGACAACACGCCGGUUCCCAAGUUUCCCAGCAGCCCGAGCGUCAAGGGAAAUCUCACCCCAGCUGCGCAACGGUUAUGGAGCAGGAUCGGGACGCCCAGUGGCAGGUCGUCGGGUGGCUCGUUUGGGCAGUCGACUCCGAUGAAGCCCAGAGGCUCAUUGCUCCGCACAGGAGGAAAGCUAGCCCUCAUGAGGUUCGUCGAAGUUGCCAUCGACCUUGCGGCCGUUCUCAGGGCGUCACGCUCAGUUGCGUCCAAGCACAUCGCCCUCCGAUCACGACAGCUCGACGGGUACACCCGCAGCUCGAGCGCAGCACAGGCAUUGCGGAAUAAAGCUGUCGGGGGCUUCCAGCAGUCAUUGCGACAAGAAGAACAAGAUGAGCCCCGCGACGCGAGUGGCGUGACGCUUGAUGGCAGCGUGCGGCAGGACGCGAAUACGAAAGCGCAAGACUGGCAAGCGGAUGCCACGCCAACCGACGCCUCGAGUGAACCAUCUACGUACGCCCAAGCGAGUCAGAGAGCGGCCGAGAUUAGGAACGCCCAGCAGGCGGUAAAUACCCCUGAUGGCGUCGACGUGAACAUUUUCCACACCAGCCGGGGCUCGCAGGUGCUCGAGUCGUUGCGCAAGCAAGGUGCCGCUGGACCACGUAUGAAGCGACCUUCGAAACCGAGUGAGGGACCCCCGAAAGAACACCCUCUGAGACACUGGAAGCCUGCGCCGCCGCUUGAGGAGCACUUGGAGCCUGAAGAAUCAACGACUGCUGCCAGUGCGAAUGCCUCGCAGAGCCCUGCACAAGCACACGCAAAGGAAGCAGAGAGCCAACCCAUCGUGCAGCCGACGGAAUCAGUUCCAAAAGAUGCGGACGCAAUUAAAAGUGCGCAUCCAGACGCCGACCCAGUGGCUCAGUUGCAAGCCAAGAAUGCGGACGAGGAUAUCAUCGAUCUGGCCAAGGACCUCACCGGCGCCAGCUCUGCAGCUACACCUUCCUACCAGCUUCGGGAAUCAAAAGUCCCCUCGAGUCGUCUGAGCCGUAUGUGGAACUACGGCGGCCUCGCGACAGGCAUGCUGGGUGGCGCCAUCACCGAAAGUGUGAGCAGGGCAUUUGGCGGUGGCGGGUCAGGCUCCGUGCUCCUCAGCGGGAACAAUAUGGAGAGGCUGGUGGCCAAGCUGUCGCGCAUGCGAGGUGCUGCCCUGAAGCUCGGGCAGAUUAUGAGCUUUCAAGACUCCAAGAUGCUGCCCGCGCCUCUGCAGGAAGUGCUCCAGCGCGUGCAGGACAGGGCCGACUACAUGCCUGCAUGGCAACGGGACAAGGUCCUGACCGCCAACCUGGGUGCCGACUGGAGGGAUCUGUUCAGUGAGUUUGACGAGAAGCCCAUGGCGGCGGCUUCGAUUGGUCAAGUGCACAAAGGCGUGUUGAAGAAGAAUGGAAAAAAGGUCGCCGUCAAGAUUCAGUUCCCCGGCGUCGCAGACUCCAUCAACUCAGAUCUCGACAACUUGGGGAUCCUGCUCAACGCCACGACGCUACUGCCCAAGGGCCUCUACCUCAACAAAACCAUUGACAAUGCUCGAGUCGAGCUGGGGUGGGAGUGCGACUAUGAGCGCGAGGCUGCGUGCGCUCAGCGCUACAAGAAGCUUCUAAGCAACGACGACGACGUCUUCCUCGUUCCGGACGUGUAUCCGGAGGCAUCCGGCAAGCAGGUCCUCACCAUGGAUUUCAUGGAGGGCGUCACAGUGACCCGCGUCAAGACAUUUACCCAGCAGCAGCGGGAUUGGAUCGGAUCGUCCAUCAUGCGCCUCUGCCUGCGCGAGAUCACCGAGUUCAAGUUCAUGCAGACCGACCCCAACUGGACCAACUUUCUGUACAACGCCGACCUCGACCGGCUGGUCCUCCUGGACUUUGGCGCCUCGCGCGAGUACCCGGAAGAGUUCGUCGCGGAGUACGUCCAGCUCCUCGCGGCGGCCGCGCGGUCGGACAAGGCGACCGUCAAGACGCUCUCGGAGAGCCUGGGCUACCUCACCGGCCACGAAAGCAAGGCCAUGCUCGACGCGCACACGCAGUCCAUCCUGACGUUGGCCGAGCCGUUCCUCGACACCGCGCCAGAGGUGUACGAUUUCCAGGACCAGACCAUCACAGAGCGCGUCAAGGCCCUGAUCCCCGUCAUGCUCCGCGAGCGCUUGGCUCCGCCGCCAGAAGAGACGUACAGCCUCCACAGGAAGCUCAGUGGAGCUUUUUUGCUCUGCUCCCGCAUGGGCAGCAAGGUGCCC